AUGACGUUGAUCGCGGGCGUAGUUUUCGCAGCACUGAUGCGCGAUGCAGUGAAUGAGGCGGCCGACCCAAACACACAUACUACAAUCAUCACACGGGUAAGCAUAUCAGUGCCACGAAAGAAAAAACGAGAACCAGAUAAAGAAGGACAACGUACAUCAUAG